CCUCCUGUCCCAAACUAUGGAGCUUUCAGCGUCGGGGGACCGCGUGUUUGCCGCCGAGGCCAUCCUGAAGCGGCGCGUCCGCAAGGGACGCAUGGAGUACUUGGUCAAAUGGAAAGGCUGGGCUAUAAAGUACAGCACUUGGGAACCAGAGGAGAACAUCCUCGAUGACCGCCUCGUAGCAGCUUUUGAACAAAAAGAGAGAGAGCAAGAACUUUAUGGACCAAAAAAGAGAGGUCCCAAGCCUAAAACACUCCUUUUGAAGUCACGAGCACAGGCUGCUGAGAGCUCACCCAGAAUCCUUGAGUUUAAACCUAGUCGGCCCCAGCCGUCCUCCAAACCUCCGCCUCCGCCUCCACCUGCAUCCUCGUACCAUCCCAGUGGCCCUUCGAAUGCUAAGCUGCAGUCCGGUGCGGCCCAGCCCAAAUUGAAGAAAGACAUCCACCGAUGUCAUCGGAUGGCACGGCGGCCUUUGCCCCGUCCCGACCCUUUAGCUCCGCCAAUCGGUUCUUCUGGUCCCUUCUCCUCCCGUCCUACAGUCAGUCCCUUCUGCGAGACAGUCCGCAUCCUUAACCGGAAGGUCAAACCUCGUGAGGUCAAAAAGGGACGGGUCAUCUUGAAUCUAAAAGUGAUGGACAAGACUGGGCCAGCCAAUAACAAAAGGACACAAAAUUCCAGCCAUCAGUCUCAUCUUGGGCGCCAGAAAGUUCCCUCUCGGAACAGAGUGAUCGGGAAGAGCAGGAGGUUUGGAGAUGUAUCUUUUAGAUGCCUGCAGCAGCCCAUGGGUGGAGCUGGAUUUUCAGUUUUUAGAAAGCCAAUUGAGGCUUAUCCGAUGGACCCCUCUGAGGAAAAGCCUAAGGCAGAACAAAGUGGUCACAAACCAAGUACGAAUCCAUCGCCAUCUUCCUCUCAAAGUUCAAAAGUAAAGAAUUCAGCUGUGCCUGAAGCGCUUGUCGAGCCACCUCGAUCUGCUUCGAGCUCAGAAGUCUCGGACAGUGAACCUCAUCCCCCACUUCCAUCACAAUUCCACCCCAAUCAGUUACCCCAAUCAGGUGAGGCCAACUCUCAAAUUUCACAUGCUGCCAAAUCCAGUCCUCAGCUAACAGACUCGAAAGCCAAAUUGACUCAGUCAGCCAUGCCUUCCUCCCCCAUGUUCUCUUCCUCCUCCUCUUCCUCUUCAUUAUCAUCCUCGUCUGAAGAGAAUGAGCACAUCCUGGAUCUCUCCGUGCCUCAUGGAACUGAUAGGAGAGCCAGACAGCGGCAGCACUUUCGUGGCCGCCGGCAGCCCAAAGUUCCUGAAAUUCCUAUAUCCGAAGAGGCCUCGGAGGAAGACCAGGAUCUGGAUUGGCAUCCGGAGAUGGCUGCACAGUGUGCCAAUGUGGUCAUUACGGACGUUACAACCAACCUCCUUACUGUCACUAUUAAAGAGUUUUGCCAUCCUCCUGGACUACCGGCAGUGGCCUCUUCUCCCUGCUGUGCCAAUAAUUUACCUUCUUCAAAAAAGACAAACAAUACUGUGGGGGUUUUUUCUUCUUCCUUUUUUAUUUUUUUACCCGUUUCUCAUCUUCACCGCCUGCUCACCGCCACCCUGAAGUUCAUUGUUGUGAUCUUGGCCGCCGGGAUGGUGGCAUUUGUCGGAGCCGUAAUCUGCAUCAUCGCCGCGGUGCACGGCGGCUCUCCUUCUCCCGCAGCCGCCGCCUCGACCGCCGCACAGCCGCUCGCCGAUAAUCAGUCCUUGACUGCGGGUUCGAGUGUCCUCACCUUUCCAUCAGGCUCCGUGGCCCGGGCAGGACCGAUGGACGCGCUCCAUGGCAGCGGAGAGAGAAACAGCCCAGAGUCUCCAACCUUCUACGGGAUCACCGGUGUGAGAACGGGAGGCGAUGGCGGGGAGCAGCAGGUGGUAACAGUCAGCAGGCUGGUCUGUACUCCGGUUCAGGCUGGAGAGUGCAGACCGAAAGGCUUCCAGGCGGACGAUCAGUCUGUGUAUGCGGGGGAUCAGUCGGGGGAUCUCCGCGCCACAGCAGAAGAGCUCAGGCGCACCGUGGAGCAGCAGGAGGAAGAGAUCCGCGCCGAGCAGCGCACUAUCCGCGAGCUCACCGGGAAACUCUCUGUCUGCGAAAGCGGCACACACAUGAGCGAGGGCUUACGGGCUGGGAGGAGGGACAGCAGAGACGGACUCAUGAUGCAGGACGACGCAGGACCGCCUGCACUCACCGUCCGGGAACUGGAGAGAGCCAUCAUGCACAUGAAGGAGCGCAUCGAGAAACUGGAGGCCGAAAUGGCUCCACUGGCUCACAACCACACAGAGUCGGUGCAGAAAGGCAAAGGCAGUGUCUCGAGCACAAUCGCGGUCCAGGGAGCCGCAGCACAGAGGAGAGUGGAGGAUCUGGAGCGGGAGCUGAAGCGGAAGAUGCAGGUGCUGGAAGAGGAGAGGAAAGCACUUCGCAAGGAAACCCAGAAACAUCAGCAGCACAUUGACCAUGGACUGGACGCUGUCCACCAAAGAAUCAGCAGCCUUGAGCAAGGUCAGUCUGAGAACAGGUUCCCGGAGGGUUACAGGCUCUCCUUUCCUCUGAGAACCAGCUCUAUGUAUGCUGUGGUGAAGCGAGCAAUCCCUAUACUCCACGCCCUUACUGUCUGCAUGUGGCUCAGACCUGCGCAGAGCAUCCUGGGAACUGCAGUAUCUUAUGCCGUGUCAGAGGACCCUCAUGAGCUGAUGCUGCAGCAGUUAGUCCAUGGUCCUGUUGAGCUCAUCAUCAAAAAUGAGGUGGCACAGUUCUAUCUGAACCUGACGGCGGCUUCUUGGCAGCAUGUGUGUGUCAGCUGGAACAGGAGAGGAGGAGUGUGGCACGCCUACGUGGGAGGCAAGCUGAAAGGUGAGGGGAAGGACCUGGCAACCCGCCACUACAUCCGUCCCGGAGGAACGCUCGUCCUGGGCCAGGAACAGAGUUCAAUAGGUGGACUUCGUUUCGAGGCAUCACGGGCUCUCUUAGGUGACCUCUCUCAGUUUAACAUGUGGGACCGGCCGCUGACUCGUGCAGAGCUUUCUGCACUAGCCCACUGCAGCACAGGCAUGCUGGGUAAUGUAGUCCCUUGGACCAGCCGCGAGGUGGAAGUGUUCGGCGGGGUCACCAAGCAGCCGGCCGAGCACUGCAGUCAUCACACUAGCGUGCAGCAGUGAGGGGUUACAUCAGGAGGUCAUGUGAGAAGAGGAUGGGGUGGUGGGUAUCUGAGACAAGGUCAGGUGAAAGGAGACUGGAAACGCUUGUGUGCAAUGUCUGUUUGAACCAAUUACUUAAACUCAAAAUAGAAGAAAAUAGUGAGUUAUUAUUUAUUUUUUACCAGAAAGAUUUUUUUAUGUUUUGGGAAAGAGAAA